UGUGCACACAUCAUUUUGUACACACAGACACUGUGCUCAAUAUAUAAGUUUACCUUUCCGGUGUUUAUUGACUUCGUAGACUAUCUUAUCGAGAUACUCGCCUGGAAUUUUGUUUAAAUUAUUGUUCAAGUCAGUUUGUUCUUACUAGUGCAACACAUCAGUUGUCAUUUUGUUGCUCAUCAGUUCACCAAAUCGCUUACAGAUAUUCAAAUACACACCAAACGUCCAGUACACACACAAAGCUUUCAUUUAAUCGGAUAUCAAAAACAGAUCGAAUUAUGGAAUCCUUCACAGACGAUUGGACAUUAUUGAAGGAUGUGUACAAAAUGUUAGUAGAACACAAUGUUUUGCAGACACCCGUUAACGAACCGGUUGUACGAUUCGAGCAUCCUGUAGAUCUUCAGACAAAAUUAGAUUUGCCCAUAGAAGAAGCAGGAAUUUCUGCGAAAGAAAUCAAAGAAAUUUGCGAGCAAAUCAUUUGUCAUUCGGUGAAAACUGGUCAUCCUCACUUCUACAAUCAACUUUUCGGGCGCGUGGACUCCUAUGGAUUGGCAGGUAGCUGGAUUACCGAAGCACUCAAUACGAGUCAGUAUACAUUCGAGGUCUCACCGGUAUUCACUUUAAUCGAAAACGAGAUCAUUCAACAAUUCUGUAAGAUCUUUGGAUAUGAGACUGGUGACGGAAUUUUCAGCCCCGGAGGAUCCAUGUCUAAUAUGUAUAGCAUGGCAUUGGCUCGAUAUCGUUCAGAUCCAUCUGUUAAACGAACUGGAAACAAAUGGUCCAAUCCUUUGGUGUGUUUUACUUCCAUCGAAGCUCAUUACAGCAUCACGAAAUCGGUUCACUGGCUAGGCUUGGGAACCGAUAAUCUCGUUCACGUAGAAACCGACGAGUUUGGCCGAAUGAUUUGCAAGGAUUUAGAGGAGAAAAUUGUGCGGGCAUUGAACCAGAACAAGCGUCCGUUUUAUGUGAAUGCCACCGCUGGUACGACAGUCGUGGGAGCGUUUGACGAUUUGAAUGGCAUCGCUGAUAUUUGUCGCAAGUACCAUUUGUGGAUGCACGUAGAUGCCUGUCUCGGUGGAAGUGUAAUCUUAUCGCAAAAGCACAAACAUUUGUUGUCCGGCAUCGAGCGAUCCGAUUCGCUAGCAUGGAAUCCGCAUAAAACGUUAGGCGCUCCGUUGCAGUGUGCGAUGCUGCUGGUGAAGCAAAAGGGAUUGCUACAAGAAUGCAAUUCCGCUUCAGCGGACUACCUUUUCCAACAAGAUAAAUUCUACGACGUUUCGUACGAUACGGGCGACAAGAGUGUACAGUGCGGAAGGAAGGUGGACGCAUUCAAACUGUGGCUUAUGCUGAAAGCGAGGGGACUCUCCACAUUCGAACAUCUGCUGGACAAUGCAAUGGAAAUGUCGUCCUAUUUGUGGACGUCGAUUUCAAGCAAACGGCAAUUUCGACCGAUCAUCGGCCAACCGUUUCAGUACACAAACGUUUGCUUCUGGUACAUUCCGAUCGGCUUACGCGGACUGGAGGAAACGAACGAGUGGUGGGACAGAAUAUACACCGUCGCACCGUUGAUCAAAGAAAUGAUGGUAAAAUCGGGCACCUUAAUGGUCGGAUAUUCGCCUCUGCCGCACAAGAAAAAGGGCAAUUUCUUUCGCAUGGCAUUGACGUGUCAACCGCCUGUGACACACACGGAUAUCGAUUUCGUUUUGAAUCAAAUUGACCGACUCGGAUCGCACAUUGUCAUCUGAACUGUAUUCAAUGGAAUCAAAUGGAC